AUUGAGAAGGAGUGGCUGUCAUUUGGCCAUAAGUUUAGCGAUCGUUGCGGUCAUAUCCAGGGGGACAGUAAGGAAAUGGCACCCGUGUUCACACAGUUUCUGGACGCCACCUGGCAAUUGACCCAACAGUUGCCACAGCACUGGGAGUUUAAUGAACGCUACCUGUUGGCCAUCCACGACCACGUUCACAGCUGUCAAUUCGGCACUUUUAUCUCCAAUUCUGACAAAGAACGCCGCGAUCUCAGAGUGGUUGAGAGAACUUACAGUUUAUGGGCGUAUAUCAAUAGCCAUAGAGCCGAGUUUCUGAACCCCCUCUACGUCAAAGAGAACACACAAGACAUACUCGACGUUAAUGUUUCUCCGCAAACAAUCAAGUUCUGGAGAGGACUGUACAACCGGUUUGAAUUUGGUGUCCAUCCACGCCAUUCAUUGAGCGAAGUAUUAGUGGCCGCACAGAACCACAUCUCUAGUCUUGAAAAUCAUAUCCAAUAUCUCGAAGACCAAAUAACUCGAUUGUCGAGCGACACGAGUGACUCUCAGAGCUCUUGUGGCGUAUCUCCG